AUGCGCUUCCGACUCGCAACAAGGCCACCUCUUCGCGCUCUGAAAGCUUGGUUCGACAUUCCGGAUGACAACUCUACCCUUGAUAUCCUAGGCGUAAAGGCUCAGAUAUGCUCCCGAGUACCCCAAUUACUUGAUGAAGACGGGUCCCACUUCUCUGCAUCCGAAAUCAAUCUCAUCAUAGAUGAUUUCGAGCUCCUCGAUGAUUCCAGUCUCCAGGUCAUCAAGGAAAAUGAUCUUGUGCAUAUUACGAAGAAGCAGAAAGUAUCAAUUCAGAAAAAGAGAAAGGCUGUGGAUGACACUACUAUCUCUUCUCCAAAAAAGCGACGUGUUGAUCUACGGGCUAAACGGCCAAGCAGAACCUCAUUGCCUUCAAUUUCGUCCUCCUCCUCAGAAAGUUCUUCGGACGAAACAACUAGUUCGGAUAGCUCGUCGUCCUCGGAUUCAUCCUCAGCCUCGUCAUCGUCUUCCUCGACUAGUACGUCGUCGUCCUCGGCCUCAUCAAGUUCCUCAGUUGAGGUACAGUCGUCAAAAAGACAUGUACUUCAACCGGCAAGACACACCAACUCGAGCGUUCUAUCUGUUCCUCCGGGACAGGGCAGACCAAGUACCCAAAAGAGAAACGCACGACGAAGACUCAAACGUAUAUAUCAAAGAGAGCACAAGCAACUUGAGCAAGCUGCAGCUCAAGCUCUGCCAAAUGAAUCCGCGAACGCAAUACCAUUGGGCACGCAUCGUAGCGGAUCCUUAAAUCACACGAAAAAUGGGAAUGCCGAAGUUUCACAAAAUGCAUCGACUUCACCGCUUGAAGUUGAAAGUAUGGUUACAACGUUGCGGAAUAAAAACAAAAAGAAGGGGUUCAAGCAGGCGAUGGCAGGUCUCACCUCACAGAAAAUCGUCUUCUCAGAUGAGACUGUUCCUCCUAACACAGCAACGACGUUCCAUUCUGCUGAGUCUACAUCAUCAGCAACUGCAAGGCCAAGCGCACCUCAUUUCCUUACUCCCUCUGUGAAGCAGGCGCAAGGACUUUUACCGUCAAAUAUGUUCGUCACAUCUGUCGAGGUUGAAGGCGAAAAAUGGGACCGAGGGAAGAAAAAGAAACAGAGAGAUCAAUAUGGUCAAGAUGCCGCAGCGGAGGAAUUGCAUGUUGAUGAGACCGCUACGAAACAGGAAGACGUGACCUUAAAUUACGGAGAGCCCGAGAUAAAUUGGGCCUCAAUCGAACAAACCUGGGAUACCCUCAAGCCUUUGAGUUCGCUUUCCGAGGUGUCUUCAUUGAAUGCGGGAACUGUAGUGGGGUUUAAGGCUCUUGCAAUAAAUCCGGCGACAUUUACGCCAGAAACACUGGUACAUCUAGGCCGUGUGAAGGAAAUCAGACACGACGAUUCUUCUGUUGUGCUCGAGAUGAUUCCUCGACCAGGGUCAAGUGGCAUCACGUUUGGCGCGUUCAGUUCAGUGGACGAAGGCGGGGAAGGACCCAGCAGCGAUGCAGUUGAGGAAGAGAUCUAUACUUUCGAAGAUGUAUUAGAGGCAUCUUGGAAACUCAGUAUCUAUGCAUCCGAUGGUGUCGUUGCCCCGGAUGAUGCAAUACCUUCUGCGUUUUCUCGCAACGCCUUCAGGAGUUCCUGGAAGCGUGUUCGUAGCUUCGUCGUGAUUUCAUCUUCGUCGGAGGAUGGAGGCGGCUGA